UUUCGUGAGGCGCUGUGGAGUUGCAAAACGGGGCGCACUUGAGAGUUUUUCGCGCGUUCUUCCCGAUGGGCAAAUCUGCCAGAUAAGAGACCGCGAGGAUUUGGAUGUGUGCUUGUGUGGUGACGGCGCGGGAAAAAAGAGAAAAUCCCAGUGGCUGAGAAGGAGGAAAAGUUUUGUGUUGAGCUCCACAGAUUAAAAGAGCGUGCCUGGGGAGAUAAAAAAAGGUUUUUCGCUGGCAGUGUGAGAGAACAUCUCUUGGCGUUGCAACUGCAGCCAAAGUGAAACUCUUGAGUUUUGUCGUGCAAAUGUGAGUGAGAGAGACUUGGAGCGAGAAAAGGCAGAAAACAAGUGUAGCUGAAGCGGAUUUAAUUGGGGGGAUUUUGGGUGUCUCGAUAGCCUUUGAAUUGGAUUUGGAUAACAACACUUGUGCGAAAAAUAGUCUCGGUCCUGUAGACACAUUUCCACGUGAGAUGGUGUCAAGGCGCAAAAUCUUGUCCCGUUCAAGGGACGAUCUCAACCUCGAUCACGCAUAUCAGCAGCAGGAGGACGAGGAGGAUGUGUGGUAUCAGAAGGAGAAACUCUACAAGGAACACAUACAAGAAGUUCUGGACAAGUGGACACAGAUAGAUGAUGAAAUUUGGGCCAAAGUGAUAGUUUUCGAGAGGAAUCGUCGUGUCGCGAAAGCAUACGCGAGAGCACCAGUUCUUACAAUAAAUGGUUCAGACGAUGGAUUCGAUGGCAUGAGAAUUGGAUUGUGCGGCUUCGACAAUCCGAUGCGAGAUCAGAAGACAGACGAAGUGAAGCGUCAUGUAGGGCAGGGUGUUAAAAUUAAAAUGGACGAUGCAGGAAAUAUUCUCAUUCGUCGGUAUUCAAAGGCAAAUGUCUACAUCAAGAGUACAUCGAAUGCCCCAAAUGAUGAGACGGCGAUCGGUGCUGACAUCCUCAAACUGCCAAAUCAAGCGCUGGAGAGUGAAAAGAUCGUCAAGUUGUUCGACAUGAAGAAGUUUCAGUCAAAUGUGAAUCGUGAGCUGCGUCGCGCCUAUCCGGACCGUCGACGGCUGGAGACGCAGUGCCUCUCGGCGGUGGCUUUUGUGAAGUCGGAGAACGACAUCCUGGACUGUCCGAUCUGGGUGUUAAUAGUCAAUGUGGUCGCCAUGGAUAUGCUAAAGAGUAAACUGCCACCAGUGCAACGUCCUGUAGAUAUAAAGAAUCGCCCGCGAAUCCCCAUCCCAGACGAGGAUCCCUACAGUGUGGCCGGCAAUGGCGGAUCCGGCGGCAGCUCCAGCAGUUCGGGCUUCGGCGCCAGCGGCGGCGGCGGACAUGUGGCGGCCACGAGGGAACAGUUGCUCCUGCAGACGCAGCAAUUGGCGUCGCGACGCAGCGAAAAGCCACCCAAACUGCCGCCGCGCGACAACAUGUAUCCACAUGAUAUACCUAAGCCUGAUUACGACGAUAUCGAAGACGAUACCAGAGUAAAAUCAUUCGCCAGGGGGAAGUCGGACAAGGGCAAGGACAACAAGAAAUAUGACGAUCCGUACUAUUGCGGCCUGCGUGCGCGGGUGCCGAACUUCGUGAAGACCACGAAGGCGCCGCCGGCGAAGCACCACAACGGACACAGUGUGCACGAGAAGGAGACGCCGAAGCGCAUGUCGCUGGCGCACCUGCAGCAUCCGGCCUCUCUGCAGUCCCUGCACCAGCUCCACCAGAUGCACCCUCAUCAGCACCUCAUGGCCGCCCACCAGCAGCAGAUGAUGUGGCACGCGCGCAGCUUCGAGAGUGGCAUAGAUUCAGAACUGGUUGAAUCGCCGUACAAUCAUAUUUACGGGCGGAUUCCGCUGCCCACGCGCGGCUACAUUCCUCCGCCGCCCAGGACAAUGUACAUCGGCGAGUGGGAUUAAGCCUGAUCCUCGGGACACGAACCGAUUUAUCAUUUCUCAAUCACCCCUCACUUCUCUCCACAUUUCUCUCUCUCUGUACUUGAUGUAAUGUUUUUUUUUACUCAUUGUCUGGAGAAGUUACAUCCUUUCGUCCUUGUUGUGUGCAAUUCAAUAGAUUUCAAAUCCAGGCAAAGCGCAUUGAUUGAUUGAAUUGGUGCAACUCCGGACGAAAGUGUAUAUCUCGAAUUUAAGUCACAAGAAACAAGAAUUCUAUUAUAUUUUGAUUGCGAGAAAAAAAACCUUCUUUUUGUGUGUAAUGUGCUUAAGAUGAAUAAGUUUUGUUAAAAAGUAGAUCAAAGUGUUUUUUUUUUAGUUAAAAAGGAGAAGAAAUUUUUUUAACAUGGCGCAAAAAGCUAUUACAUUUAUAAAAGAAAAAUUAAUUUUUAAGUAAUGUAUGUUAACUAGAAAGUUCAUAUCUUUAUAUUUUAUUAUUAUUUUCUAUGAUUAUUACUUUGUUUUUGGCGAUAAAAAAAAUUUCGUAUAAGUGUUUUCGGAUACAAAAUAACCCCAAUUUAUUCGCAAGACAAUUCGAACUUGUUGCGGAUUGGCUGAGAGGAAUUUCGGAGAUGAAAUCUCGAAACUUCUCAGCCAAUCACGCGAUUAGCGUUGAAGAGGAAUUGAAUUAGUUUUCGACAACUAUUAAUCCAAGAGACAUCCGAGAAGGAAUUUCGAUAUCUUAUUGUAAAUAUUCAUAUAUUUUUUUCUUUAACAUCAUUUAUAAUUAUAGCACAAUUAUGUUUUUUUCUUUUUAUAUAUGAUUUCGAAAAUAUUUUAGCGGAUAGU